AAUAAAAAUUGCAAGUGGAACACCAUUUCUCACUGGCUAGUAAUUCCAAGUUAGUAAAUUACCGCAGGAGGUGAAAGCAUGGAUAGCUUAUAAUCACCACAAGAGAUGAAAGUCUGGAUAGAUGGUUUUAAAAUUUAAAAAAUUAGGGGGAUGCCGGAUGCAUGGUUCAGCUUUGAUUCCUUUGAACAAAGGAACGUGGAAUGAGUCAUUAAUGUGAACAGAAGAGUACUCCUAAUGUUUAAUUGUUUCAGAAAAAAUGUGGAGUAUAGUACUAUUUUAAGUUGUGUGCUUGGGAGUUCUAAAUUGUAGUUAGAUUUAAACUUAGGCCAAAUACCUUCUUAGUUCUUAACGUGUAAGAUUAAUUAACAUGAAUAUAUUUGUUUACUUGUUGAAAUUCCCUCAAAUGUAUAUCACUAUUUUCUUCUUCAAGAUUGAAGUCCACCAUCUCCUAUACUAUUCUCUCUCAUUUUUGAGUUCUCUAAGCCCAAAACCAUCAUAAUGAAGCAAGCUUGAUUCUACAAAAUAAAAUAAAAAAGAAAGCUUGGAGCAAUUUAUUAAUCUCUCUGGUCCACUCUCAACAACAGAAGUGACAGAGCUAGUUGGAAGGUGACAGAGCUACUUACUCUAAGAUAGUGAGAAAAAUUAUAGCUUCUACAAUCGUUAAAGAUACUGAGUAAAUAGCUAAUUGACAUGAAGGAAGUCGAGACAUGUGGAAAAAGAACUGAAGCUCCUGCAGGGACUUCAACCAAAUAUUUUCCAUCAAUAGAUGAGGAAGUUGUGGGAUUUGAGAAAGAUGCAGAAAGUAUAAUUCAACAAUUGACUGGAGGAACAAAGGGGCUAGAUGUUAUCUCCAUCUUUGGAAUGCCAGGACUGGGUAAAACAACUUUGGCAAGAAAGGUGUACAACAACCAUUCUAUCGUUAAUCACUUUGAUGUCAAAAUAUGGUGUGCUGUUUCACAAGCAUAUAAUAGGAGGAUGUUGUUGAGUGAGAUUUUUAAACAAGCAACACGUAGCGAGAUCGAUGAAGAUGAUGAUAUAGCUGACAAGCUGCGCAAGAGUCUAAUGGGCAAGAGAUAUCUCAUUGUAUUAGAUGAUAUAUGGGAAAUCGAUGCGUGGGAUAAUUUGGGAUUAUGUUUCCCUAGGGGUGAAGAUGGAAGUAGAGUAAUGGUAACAACUCGAAUUGAAGAAGUGGCUAAGCAUCUUCAACACCGCGGUGAUCCAUAUUCUCUUAGAUUUCUAACAUUGGAAGUGAGUUGGGAAUUAUUGCAGAAGAAAGUGUUUCAAGGAGAAAGUUGUCCCCCGGAUCUAUUGGAAGCUGGGUUACAAGUUGCCCAACACUGUAAGGGAUUGCCUCUUGUCAUUGUCUUGACUGCUGGAAUUAUUGCGAAAAUGGAAAGGGAGGCGUCCUUGUGGUUCGAGGUUGCAAAAGAUUUAAGUUCUCAAAUUUUAGGAGAGCAGAGUAUGAAGGUAAUACAAUCAAGUUAUGAACAUUUAGAACACCACUUAAAGCCUUGCCUUCUUUACAUGGGAUUGUUUCCAGAAGAUUGCAAAAUUCCGGUGUCUGAUUUGCUGAAGUUGUGGAUGGCUGAAGAGUUUGUACUGAACAUUGACAAAGAGAAUAUGGAGGAAGCAUCUAGAAUUUGCUUGAAUGAUCUACUUAAUAGAAGCCUAGUAAUGGUUUCUGAGAGGAGAAUUAAUGGUGACGUAGAAUACUGCACAAUUCAUGAUGUAGUGCGUGAGUUUUGCUGCAGAAAGCUUAGAGAAGAAACAUUUAUGCAGCUGACAGUACCAUAUAAUCCAUACAAACAUUUGUAUCCCAAGGAAUUGCGUUUCUGCACUUAUAUUCAUGAUGAUCAUGUUAAUCAAUUAGAUCAUUCUGAAUAUCUGAUGGAUAAGAUUCCAUCAUUCGACUCCAAGGGAAAAAAAUGUUAUGGUCAAUGUCCUAGGUUUUUGGAGUUCAUCGCUCAUCCAAAAUUCAACACAUGGAAAGGAUCAGUUCUUUUACCUUUACUUGUCGAAUUAAGACUUGUCCGGGCGUUGAAUUUAUUGGAUGUGCAAUUGCCAAGAUCUUGGGCAGGGGCAGUACACUCACUAGUUCGCUUGAGGUACCUUGCAAUUUUUGUCGAAGAAUUUGAAUUCAAGUGGGUAUCACACCUAGACCAACUGCAAACUCUAGAGGUUUCUUCAACGAAGAAGUUAAGGACAUCGCCUGCUAUCUGGAAAAUGACAAAGCUAAGGCAUGUGAAUAUAAGAAGCCAAUUUUCCUUUAUAUGGGAAAACAAUGAUCGAGAAAUUCUUGAAGAAUCAUCAGAAGCUAAGCUAGAGAACUUGAAGACGUUUCGCACUUGCCGUAUAUGCAUGGACGGUAUGAAUCCAAGGUUCUGGUGGAGGUUUCCAAAUCUUGAAGAACUCAGCCUCAGCAUUGCAGGGGUACCUAGUCAUUCUUUGUUUCCCAUACCAGAAGUUCAUACUCGCCUUCAAUCUCUUGAACUAUAUCUCUCAGACGACGAAAGAUACUUGGUUUCAGUUGAAUGGACCAGCUACUUUGUCUUCCCUUCAAAUCUCAGGUAUUUGUAUCUUCACAGCGAUUUUCUACUUGAAGAGUUAUUUCACAUUAUUGCAAGACUGCGGAAUCUUGAGAGUCUCAAAUUAGAUAUAAUAGAUUUGUCGGGGCAAGUGUGUUGGGACGUCAGCUAUGUUGAGUUCCAUGCACUCAAAUACUUGACAUUAGAGUUUAUGUAUAUCAAAGAAUGGAAAGUUUCAGAGGCAUCCUUUCCCGUGCUUGAGAAGUUAGUUAUAAGACAUUGUAACCGCCUCGGGGAGAUCCCUCCUAGCUUUGUCGAUGUUCCAACACUCCAGCUUAUUGAAUUGAUUGGCUGCAGGGACUCUCUUGGGGUUUCAGCUAUGAAUCUUAAAAGAGAAAUUGAAGAAACCACAGGAUGUGAAUGUCUCCAAGUUCUUAUAUCCAAGUACUAAAGCUGGUAGGAAAAACAACUCUUAGUAUCUUGUGUGUCUUUUCACAACAAAUUCUAGAAACUUAUAUUUAUAUGAUACUUAAGCAGAUGUGUAAGGUCUGCAUACACAUCACCCUCCCAGAUCCCACUUGUGGGAUUACACUGGAUAUGUUGUUGUUAAGCAGAAUUUGAGAAAAUAAAAUUAUCAUGGUUGAUUCUCAUAUACCUUCAUAAAAUGCCUCCUAAUGGCAGCUGAAUGAAUAGUCCAGUUGAUAAUUAACACUUUCCUUGGAUGGCCUUUCUUUUUCCAGAGGAAGCUUAAGGAAUUUACUGUUUAAAAACAGAUAACUUUACAUUAUGCCAAUCGACACACAUAACAUAGACACUCACUUCGUGAAAUAAUUUUAAUUAAACAAAAUCAUUCAUUCGCAUAACUUUUCUGCAUUUCUAGUUCUCUCCAUCGUGCUUUCAUUCUUUGCAAUAUUUUCCUCCAAUGUCUCAUCUAAUUUGUAGAUGCAGCUUUUUGCCAUGACCUUUGUUUUCUUAAUGCCAUUCUACUUCCUUGUUUGUGUUGUUCGGCAUACAUAAAGGGUUAAAGAGAUGAGAGGAGUUCUUUUGAUCAUUUGUGGAUGGCUUCAUUCUGAAUUAUCUUCAGGAGAAAUUGGGUCAUCGAGCUAAUGUCUCGAGGAUUCCGUCAUCUUUUUAGUUCUCUAAUUCUGCUGAAAAGCUUUUCACAACUUGUAUUUUUUACGUGGAUCAAUUCAGUCUUAUAAUGCUACUGCAAGGAUAAAAUUGUGAUAAUUGCUUAUUUGGUUGGGAAGUGUUGACUCCAAAAUCCAAUUUUUUAUUUUAUUUUUUUGUUUGAAUGUAGCAAUGCAACCCUUCGAAAUUUUCCCAUAUUAAAAAACAGCAAAUGAGAACACAACCACAAACAAACGAGCUAUGCUUGGUGUAAAAAAAAAUUGACAGGCAAUUCAUCAAAAGCUGCAAAUUUUAUGCUCUAGUUCCACUUCUCCAUCUGAAUAGAAGUCUACUAGGGGCGGAUCUAGCUGAGAGGACUUCACCGGAAAAUUACACUAUAUGUAAUGUAAAUUUUGAAUUUUAUGUAUAUAUAUCCAACAAUGAAUCGUUGGCCGAAGAAGUAUUGGGGAGAGGUAAUUAGACACGACAUGACGCAGUUACAGCUUACCGAGGACAUGACCUUAGAUAGGAGGGUUUGGAGGAUCCAGAUUAGGGUAGAAGGUUAGUAGAUAGUCUCGUUAUCCUGUCUUAUUAGUAGUCGCAUUAUCGCAGUAUAAUUUCUUGUGCUCUGAUUUCUGCAUUAUCUGUUAUUUCCUGUGCUUUGAUUACCCUAUGUUAUCUGUGUCGCUUGCGUUAUUUCAUUUUCAUAUCGCUUUGAAUCUCUUAGCCUUAUCUGACCUCUUUUUAUGUUUUUUUUUUUAUUGAGCCGAGGGUCUUUCGGAAACAGUCAUCCUACCUUGGUAGGAGUAAGGUUUGCGUAUACUCUACCCUCCCCAGACCCCACGUUGUGGGAUUUCAAUGGAUUGUUGUUGUUGUAUAUCCAACAAUGAACCGUCUUGACACAGCCGAAAAGCUUAGCUUAGUCAAAGAGUUCAAAUUCUCCAAGGUCGCUGGAGCGAGAAGUGAACCAGCAACCGUGGGGAGAAUUUGAACCCUGACCACUGAGCUAAGCUUUUCAGUUGUGUCAAGGCCCUCAAGGUGAUUCAUUAUAGGAUAUAUACGCAUAAAAUUUAAAUUUGACCUUACAUAUACAAUUUUCCGGAAAGUGGGUCAGAGGGCUACUAAUGUAAACUAUUUCUUUACUCAGUUAAACAAAAAAAGGGGGAUGGUGGAAACUUCAACCGGGCAAUUGUUGGCGGCGGCUCAUAGAAAGGACUCGACAAGAGUAAACCAGUUUACGAUAAGAAAGGGUCAAUGAUUGGAUUCAAGAAAAGCUUUUGUUUUGAUGAUGAUCAUCGUAGUAGAAUUCAUCUGUGGAGUAUAAAAGAAUAUUGUCUUAGCGAUAAAAUACUACAGGUGUUAAGACAACGCAGUCAAAUUCAACAUGAGGACUUGUUCUGUGUCGCAUUACGAGGAAUGUCAAUUAUGAUAUUGCUUCUUACAAUGAAGAGAUUGAUACCUAUGCUGCCACUAUGCUGGAAUUCAAUAAUUCCUUGCUGGUUCCUUAUGUUCUGCAAGAUGAGGAUCAAUGCCCUCUUUUCUGAGAAGAUUUUUAUAUUGGUCAUACAACUUUGGGGAUUUAAGAGUUAGUGAUGAUUGAUACAACUGAAUUGUACAA